AUGGCUUGGAGUUCGGUUUCUCUGGCUCUUUUGGGGGCCCUGGCCUUGUUCUUUGUAUACAAACUUGUUGCGUAUUUCAAAUCUGCUCAGCGUCCCCCGUUGCCUCCAGGCCCGAAGCCCCAGUUCCUGGUUGGGAAUCUGGGCGAUCUCCCCAAGCCCGGAGAGCAAGAAUGGACUCACUGGCUGAAACACAAAGACCUAUACGGUGGGAUUAGUUCGGUUACGGUUAUGGGUCAAACGCUCAUUAUCCUUCACGAUGUCCGCCUCGCUUUUGAGCUGAUGGAAAAGCGCUCUGCGAAACAUUCUUCGCGGCCCAAACAGGCCUUUGCGGGAGAAAUGUGCGGAUGGGAAGAUUCCCUCGGUCUUUCGCCAUACAACAAUCGCUUCAGAUUGCUUCGCAAAAACAUGUCCAAAGUCCUCGGGUCACAGGUAGCUUCGGCGCGAUUCAACCCGCUGCAGGAGGCGGAGGCUGGUCAUUUCUUGAUGCGUGUUUUGAAUGACCCUGACAGCCUUACUGAGCAUAUCCGAACGCAAGCCGGAUCCGUCAUUCUUAAAAUUUCGUAUGGAUAUAACACGGAAUCGCAUAGGCCCGAUCCUCUCGUGCAGCUGGCCGGCAAAGCUAUGGACCAAUUUGCGAAAGCUGGUGUGCCAGGAGCGUGGUUGGUGGAUAUUAUCCCAUCUUUAAAACACCUCCCAGAUUGGGUUCCAGGCACUAGGUUCAAGCGGAUUGCGCGCGAAUGGAAAGGUUCACUUACAGAGUUGACAGAAAGACCAUAUGCAUUUGUCAAGCACCAGAUGGCGAAUGGAGUCCAUGAACAGUCUUUUCUCUCCCAGUUGCUCCAACAGCCUAUCGCGACUCCCGAAGAACUUUUUACUGUCAAAUGCUCAGCGAUGUCUCUCUUCGCUGCAGGUGCCGAUACUACUGUUUCCUCUCUUGCGUGCUUCUUCCUAGCCAUGACAUUGUUCCCCGAAGUGCAACGUAAAGCACAGGAAGAAAUUGACCGAGUGAUCGGCAGUGGCAGACUCCCUGUUGUCGCUGAUCGCCCAAACCUUCCUUACAUCGACGCAAUUGUCAAGGAGAUUCUCAGAUGGCACCCGGUUGCUCCCAUGGGCUUGCCACAUAUGACGACUGAGGAUGAUAUAUGCGAAGGCUACUUGAUUCCAAAAGGAGCAUACAUUAUGCCCAACGUAUGGUUCUUCACACACGACCCAUCUGUUUACAAAGACCCCAUGGUCUUCAAGCCUGAGCGGUUCCUCGCAUCGGACGAACAACCCUUCCCCGAACCAGAUCCGCAUAGCCUCUCUUUUGGUUUCGGGCGCCGUAUCUGCCCCGGUCGUCUCCUAGCCGAUACGUCCCUGUACAUCAACGCUGCGCAGUCUCUUGCCGUCUUCAGUAUCAGUAAAGGUAAGAAUGGGAGUGGACAGGAAAUCAAUCCGUUAGUCAACUUUGAGCCUGGCGUUGUAAGCCACCCUGCUGCGUUCAAAGCUGCAAUCAAGCCACGCUCGGAACAGCAUGAAACCCUGAUUAGGGAUAUUGAGAAAACCAAUCCGUGGCAGCACAGCGAUGCCAAGAUCUUACAAAACGUUAGCUGCUAG